AUGGUUCGAAGUGUUACGGGCAGUUACACAGGUUCAGUAACAAGCCAUCCAAGUACUGGACUGUUUCGGAAGCCCGUUUCACCGGAUACGGUCUCCCAUAUAUCCGAGAAUGCUAUUGUAGACCGAGAACAUCUGGCAUCCAUAUCUUCGCAUAUCUGCAAGCAGCUGAAAACAAUUAUUGGCUUGGUGACGGACUUCGUGGGUGAUGUUUGUGAUGAAUUAGAAAGUGCCGGAAGCUUGCUUCGUGAACUACAGGUCGGUCAAAUCAUUUCCUUUCGUUUAAAUCCGUUCAAGGCAUUCAAUCAGUGGCAACCACAAAUGGCCCUGAACUUCGUAACUCUUCUUAUUCGAGGUGAUAAAAAAUGCCAUUUGCCAAAUUAA